AUGUAUAAAGUGGUAAUUUUGUCCUCAUUUUUGGUGAUAGUGGCAGGUUACCCAGAUAUGUUUGCGACCCAGACCUUCAAAACUGGAAUUGAAUACCACGGUUCACUGCCUAUGGGCGGAGGUUCAGAAAGGUAUCGUCACAGGAAUAACCUCGACCCUUUCUACAUCACUGUCACAGCUAAUGCUAACAAUGGCUACGUCAUAACCUAUCUUCAAGUAUCGGCAACCACAGAUAUAACGGGCAGCGUAGAGUUCAACCUGGUUGAAGGUCAAACCGGUUCAAAGAAGAUGGUCUUCCAGUUGAUCUCCAACCAAACGGAUUUCCUGUCUUACAACUACCUGGCAUAUGGUAUUAAAGAAGAUAAAUACAGGAAGUUAAGCAACAUCAUCACUCUUCAAUUGAGAAACAUCAGAUAA